AUGGAGAAUCAUACUGCUAUCAGAUUAAUCAGAGACUUCAUCUGUAACUGGUCUUACCAUAUUCAAAGUUCCAGUCUUCUUCUGAAAUGCGUUUUCAGAUUCACUCUGGCCAAAUAUCCAAAUGGUCCAGAGAUCUGGAAACAUUACUUUCGACUCAUUUUGAUUCUCACACUUCUCUACAGUUGCCUCGCAACAAUUCCUUAUUGUGUGGUUUCUAUUGAUGAUCCGGGCAAGAAUGUCUACUCGAUAUUCAUGAAUAUUGAAACAUCAAUCUACUUUGUGCUGACUAUUUCAAUAGGGUAUUUCACCCAAAGAGAGUUGAAAUGUAGGUCUUCCCAAAUCAUGGCUAGCAUUAAGAAGAUGAAUCGGUACUUGUUAUUUGAUUUAUCAAUCCAUUUCAUUGUGUUUCUGGGAGUUCUGCUGCCAGCAUUUGUGUUGCCAAGUUUGGAAAAGUUUAUGAAAACUCACAUUAUGAUGUCCCUGGUUGACUUGGUGGCUCUAACUCCUUCAUACAUUCUCAUCAUCUGUGACAACAACAUCCGAAACUUGAUUCGUUGCAAAAAGAAAACAGUUAUUCAAGUUCUCCCGAGUGACAUUAACUCUACCUUCAAAUAA